AUGGGAGGAAAACGGAAAAGACAACGAAAGCCUCGGAAUGGUGCACAGAUUCCUUGCAUUCGAGUUCCCCCGUCUGCCUGUGACACUUCAUUAAUGAAGGACCUAACCUGGGGGCAGCAGCGCUACUUUUACAGCAUCAUGAGGAUUUACAACUCCAGGUCCCAGUGGGAGGCCCUGCAGACCCGCUAUAUUCACAGCCUUCAGCUCCAGCAGCUGCUUGGUUAUAUUACUCAACAGGAAGCCUUGACUUGUGCUGCGGUACUUAAAGAUUCAACCAAGAAAGCCUCAGCCAAGGUAGUUCCUCAAAGAACCAUCCCCCGAAGGGCUUCAGCCAUGACAAGAACAUGGCUACCAGCAUUCCCUGUGUCUGUGGUUCGACCCAGGACCAAAAGUGCAAGGCUCUGA